GUUCUCUUUCCAAUAGCUAAUUCUAAUUUUUUCUUUUCAGUCUUUCAUCUGUCACACAAUGACAAAUGCAUCUGUUUUCCUUGAAGGUGUCCUUCACAAGGUCCAUGCACACUCAGAGCUUUACCGUGGAGGUGUGCGUCAUCGAUAAGAAUGACAACGUGCCAGUGUUCUUGGUGGAGAGCAUGAGAGGCAGCGUGCAGCUGGGGCUUCUCAAAGGAAUCCAGUUCAUGCAGGUGGAAGCACUGGACCGAGAUGACCGUAAUACCGCCCAUGCAGACCUGCGCUUCAGUCUUCUGGACCAAAUCCCCCGCAUCCCUGCCAGCCACAUGUUCUCCAUAGAUGCCAUCACUGGAGAAGUGUCGCUAACAGAGGAUGGUGCCUCAACUCUAGAUCCAGAGAUGUGCGGUCGCUACAAGCUUUCAGUGAUGGUGCAAGACAUGGCCGGCAAAGCCAAUGCUUUCUUUUCCACUGGAACAGUGUUAGUGGAGGUGACUGGGAACACAUGGGCCUCACCUGACCCAGUCAGACUGCAGGAGAAUCUGCCUGGACCAUACCCUAUCCCAAUCUCACAGGUUAAGUGGAGUGGCAGCCCAGUGGAGUACAGUCUUGAGGGAGAGUUUCCAGAAAUGCUCUUUACUAUCAACAGGGAAGGAGUAAUUUACCUGAAUGCUCCUCUGGACAGAGAAACACAAGACCAGUUUCAUAUUAAUAUAGUGGUGGAGAGGCCUGAUGGCAGAGAGAUUGCUAAGCCUGUAGAGCUGAGAGUGAUGGUAGGGGACACCAAUGACAACAGGCCAACUUUCCCACAGAUGCAGUACCAUACUGUGGUCAAGGAGCUUGCAACUAAAGGUACAGAAAUUCUCACAGUCCAAGCAGCUGACAAUGAUGAUCCGAAAACAGAUAAUGUGCGGAUAUUUUAUCGGCUGGUUGGACAGAUGCCUGAGACUCCACGUAAUUUGUACCGUGUGGACCGGGACUCAGGAGUGAUUACAGUGCAGGCGGACAGCAUGGAGGGCACUGCCCCACAGUACACGCUCACCAUCACAGCAGAGGAUGCUAAAGGGCUGAACAGCUCUUGCACCGUCAUAGUCAAAGUUCUGGAUGAAAACAACAACCCACCAAUCUUUUCCCAUCAUGAGUAUGGACCCUUCCACCUGACUGAGGAUUCUCCAGUGGGCACCACAGUAACAAUAGUGUCGGCAUGGGAUGCAGAUGAGUGGGGUGGAGACAGCUGGCAGGUGGACUACAGGCUUGAGUCUGGGAAUGAGGAGGAGGUUUUUACUCUAGUGACAGACAGACAGACCAAUGAAGCUGCUCUCAUCCUGGAUAAGGUGCUGGACUUUGAGCGGGAGAGUGAGUACAUUCUGGUACUUUGUGCUCAGAAUCCAGUUGCUCUGGUGCGAGGCAGGUAUGGACCAGCAUCCACAGCGACUGUCACUAUUUUCAUAGAUGACAUCAACGAAGGUCCCGUUUUGUCUAAAAGCCACUAUGAAGUCACCGUCAGAGAAGGGGAGGAACCAGGACGUGUUAUUGCCACAAUCAGGGGUUAUGACCCUGACUCUCAUCCAAUCAGGUAUUCACUGAGAGGAGACACUAAGAAAUAUUUCUCCAUUGGGAAGUAUUCUGGAGAGCUAAAGACAGUCCAGGCUUUGGACAGAGAGGAGAACAGCACCUACACCAUGGAGGUGGUGGCUGAAGAUGGGCGUAAUUCCUCCUUGUCAGCCUCCACACUGGUGACGGUGCAUAUUCUGGAUGUGAAUGAUAAUAGUCCAGUUCUGGUGGGUGAUUACUCCUGGAAGUACCUUUGCACACCACGCUGGGAUGAUCAAGCUCUUGUUCUGGCUUCUCGGGACAGCGAUGGCCCCCAGCAUGGAGGAAGACUCAACUUCUCCCUUCGCAGUGAUGCCAGCGUCCGCUGCAACUGGAAGCUCACUCCAAUCAAUGACACUCACACCAACCUAUCUUUAAAUGUCCCAUACCUGCCUCCAGAGGUUUAUAUUGUUCCUUUCACCAUCUCAGACAGCAGCUCUCCUCCCAGAAGCACAUUCAUCCAUCUGCCAGUGACAGUUUGCCCAUGCAACGUGAGGGGGAACUGUAGAACGGCAGCAAAACAGCUUCAGGGAAUGCCCACUAUUCAAUCAGCAAUAGGCAUUCUGCUGGGAACUCUGGGUGUUAUAGGCGUUAUACUGAUUGUUACAUUUGUGAGACUGUCCUACCAGAAUCCUACACAACCAAACAAAGCCUGCCAAGAAAGAGAGCCACUUAAUGUAUCUCUGUAAUUCUUUCUAGACCACUUGAUCACUGUAUUCUUAAAGGUAACCAUCAACUUAUUGAGGGAUUUCUCUUAGUUUAAAUAUUAAAUGCUUUAUAUAUUUAGCUGACUUUUGAUACAGCAUGUUUUUGGUAUUAGUGGUUUUAGUGAAAAGUGAAAAUGUCUAAGAGCAGUAUUUAAGUAUCAGUUUUUUAGAAUACCACUGAGAUAUGGUUUAAAGAGGCAUACAUAACUUCUGUCUACAUAAUAUAUUUUUAUGUUAUUUAUUUGUUUUUAAUGUAGUUACCUCAUCAAUUUUGCAAUUAUAGACUUAUAUUUAGUGGUGAUUUAAUUAUUUGGAUAGAUAAUUACA